CUUUCAUCUUCAGUCAGUCUCUUCUGCUUCCUCAGAGCAGACUUCAGAAAGCUGCUCAACAGGGCGUUCCGUUCGAAGACCUGUUUUUCACCUUCCAUUUCCACAACACCAGCCUUGGAAAGACUCACUCGCCCCGACAUAAACUCUGCAUGAGCGUUUUGCUUCUGCGUGCUUGAAGGCUUGUGAUGCGGCAGUGAAAGAGUUAACGGUGGAGUCUUGACUGGGAAGCACUAUGCGAACGCUUAUCUCUUACCGCAGUAGCGGCAGAAAACGAGCAACGGUUUCUGUCUGAGAGGGCUAGCACUAAGAGUGAAUAUUAGGUCCAGCCCGCAGAGAGGAGACGGUCCACGGCGUAUACAUGCGCCAUCAACCUCCACGACCAGUCAGAUUUCCUUCUACUGAGUGAUUUUCUCAACACCUCCCCCCCCCGGCGCACACACUGAGGAGGAUGAGCCGAAAAGGAGUCCCCCUGUUCAAACAGCAGUCCACCCCCUGCUUGGGGAAGGACAUGCCGCGACAAUUCCCCAAGAUCUCGCUGAGCGAGGUGGACGAGGAGGUGCGGCGGUUGGCGGAGAGGGUGUACGCAUCGGCGCUGAAGGAGGAGGACACGAAAAGUACGCUGGCCCUCUUCACCGUGCCCGAGGACUGCCCCAUCGGCCUCAACCAGGCCAAGGAGCAUGAGAUCCUCAGGGAGCUGGCCGAGCAGCACUCUGAGGAGUCUGCCAAAAGGAAGCAGAGCUUCAAGCUGAUCCGCUCCCAGUCAAUGCAGAUCGCGGUCGGUGACUGGGCCCUGUCCGUGGUGUCCCCCCUCCUCUCGCCUGCCUCCACCUGCCCCUCCCUGUCCGACGCUUUCCCGGAGUACCAGAGAGUCACCAUCAGCGGGGACUACUGCGCCGGGAUCACAGUUGAGGACUAUGAGCAAGCAGCCAGAAGCAUCCUGAAAGCCCUGCAGAUCAGGGAGAAAUACGCCAAGCUGGCAUACCAUCGCUUCCCCAGGACCACGGCCCAGUUCCUGCGCAGUGCGGAACACGAGAAGUGGACCGAGGAGGAGGAGAUUCUGCCAGAAAUCGUCCCCUGUCCACGUGAGGGGGAGGACCCUUACAGCAUGGAAGACAUUCCGGAGAACCUCAACUACGAACUGAAGAUGAAGGACGGCAUCAUCUAUGUGUACGACACUCCCGAGGACCUGAAGCUGAACAAGCCGCACAGCCUGCCCUACCCUGACCUCGAGACCUUCGCCAUUGACCUCAGCCAUGUCCUUGCCAUGAUCGCCGACGGGCCCACGAAGACUUACUGCCAUAGACGUCUAAACUUCCUUGGAUCAAAGUUCUACCUUCACGAGAUGCUUAAUGAAAUGGCUGAGCUGAAAGAGCUGAAGAGUGUGCCCCACCGAGAUUUCUACAAUGUCAGAAAGGUGGACACCCACAUCCACGCAGCUGCCUGCAUGAGCCAGAAGCACCUGCUCCAGUUCAUCCAGACCACGUGCAAGACAGAAGAGGACCGUGUGGUGAUGGAGAAGCAGGGGAAAAAGAUGACACUCAAGCAGGUGUUCGAAAAGUUGAACAUGGACCCCUACGACCUCACCGUGGACUCCUUGGAUGUGCAUGCUGGCAGACAAACCUUUCAUCGGUUUGACAAGUUUAACUCCAAGUACAAUCCUGUUGGAGCUAGCGAACUCAGGGAAAUCUAUUUGAAAACGGACAACUACCUAGAUGGGGAAUACUUUGCACGAAUCAUUAAGGAGGUAGCGCAUGACCUGGAGGAGAGCAAGUACCAGCACGCAGAGCCUCGUCUCUCCAUCUAUGGCCGGGCUCCAGAAGAAUGGCACAACCUGGCCUGCUGGUUUAUCCAGCACAAAGUCCAUUCCACCAACAUGCAGUGGAUCAUCCAGAUUCCCAGGAUAUAUGACAUUUUCAAGUCAAAGAAGACAAUACCAAACUUCGCCAAAAUGCUGGAGAAUAUUUUCUUGCCUUUGUUUGAGGCCACAGUAAAUCCACAGAAGCAGAAGGAGCUGCAUGUCUUUCUGAAAUAUGUGACCGGAUUUGACAGCGUCGAUGACGAAUCCAAGCACAGCGACCACAUGUUUUCCUACAAGAGUCCCAAGCCAGAGGCCUGGACAGGUGACGACAACCCGCCCUACAGCUACUACCUCUUCCACAUGUACGCCAACAUCAUGGUGCUCAACAACCUGAGAAAGGAGCGAGGCCUUAGCACCUUCAUGUUCCGCCCACACUGUGGAGAGGCGGGGUCCAUCACCCACCUGGUCUCGGCCUUCCUCACCGCAGACAACAUCUCCCACGGACUCAACCUCAAGAAGAGCCCUGUGCUGCAGUACUUGUACUACCUGGCACAGGUGCCCAUCGCCAUGUCCCCCCUCAGUAACAACAGCCUCUUCCUGGAGUACUCCAAGAACCCCCUGAAAGAGUUCCUGCACAAGGGCCUGUGUGUGUCCCUCUCCACUGACGACCCCAUGCAGUUCCACUACACCAAGGAGGCACUGAUGGAGGAGUAUGCCAUUGCGGCACAGCUGUGGAAAUUAAGUACCUGUGACGUGUGCGAGAUUGCCAGGAACAGUGUGCUGCAGAGUGGCCUGUCCCACCAGGAGAAGAAGCACUUCCUGGGGCCCAACUACCUGAAGGACGGGCCCGAAGGGAACGACAUUCGGAGGACCAAUGUGGCGCAGAUCCGCAUGGCGUACCGGUACGAGACGCUGUGCAACGAGCUCAGCUUCCUGGUGGAUGCUGUCAAGUCCGAGGCCACACAAGCCACACAGUGACCAUAGCGGGCAGUUUUUGAAUGAUGAUUUUACACAUAUAUAUCUAAUCAGCCCUUUAAACUGUUUACCUGGUAACCCUAUGGCAAAGUUUUGUCAGAUAUACUGUGCACAUUUGAAGGCUAGUAGUGAAUCCCAAAAAACACCUCACAACUCCAUGCCUCUGAACCCACUUGUGAUUGGUCCUCACUGUACAUGACAUGGAGGUCCACAUAAGGAAAGGGAUGAGGGACUGGUUUUGGAAUGUAUCCAACCUUGAUUCUGUGAAAGGUUUAGAAAUGCUUGGCAUAUCUAACCAUACACCUACCUGGAUUUUCACUGACCUGCUCUAGAUGCCUCUUAAAUGGGUACCUACAUCAUUGCAUGCACAUCUCGGUAUUUCUUUUGGAUGAAGCACAUUUGCUGGCAUACAGAAUGUGUUCAGAGCUUCCUUAUCUUCCACUGCCCAUGGGGUCAUGUAUUACACAGCUAGCCUGCAUGCAAAACAGCUUUCUAUGGGUGUUUACAAAGCAUUGCAGAAUUAUUACUGUAUACUAAAGCCUGUCCUGUGGUAUGCUACCCAGAUUUUAGUUUUGCUUCAUUGCGUUGCCAUUGUUUUCAGAGAAAAUACAUGUACACUGUGCAAUACAUUGAGGGGACGGUGUAACUUUUACUUUGACUUUAAUGCGUCUGUGAGAGAUUUGUAGUGUGCAAGGCUGUGAGUUGCCAAGCAAUAGAGGGACAACACAUUGUGUUGGGUUGCCUGCUCAAAGAGCAGUCAACAAGGACUUUGGGGCGAGUGUGGCUCCUCUCUGUUUAAAUUGUUGCAUAAGACAAGCCAAUUUCUGUAAAGCCCUGUAAAGUUUUGAGCAUCUUACUGGGUGAAACUAGAAACAUAUUACAGAGAUGCAAUGAAAUUCAUUUGGCUGUUAUUUUGGAGAAAGUGCGUAUAAGAGUCACAAAAGCCAAAAAGCAUUUUAUUUUAUGAGAAGUGUUCAUUUUUCCAUCCUUAGUGCACUGAGCCCAGGCUGAGAUAUGAAUGGUUUAUCGUACGGUUGCUACAGGAGCAGAGCUGAAUGUAUGUGCUGAGAGGAACAUUGCUUUAAUGGUGCAGAAUGAGGUCUGGUGCAUUUCCACCGCCACUGUUCACACACACACACAGCAGAAAGCUGAUAAGUAAAAGUCUGGCAUAGCACUGGCCAUUGAAGGCAGAGCAAUGGAGAGCGCACAUACAGGUGUUUUUCCACUGCAAGCUUCACAUGUGGACUGCAACAGGGUGUAUCACGGGGAGCCGCAGGGUCCGCUGGUUUUUGGGUUUCAUUUUAUGACAGCAUAACAGCACUUGGUAUGAAUUAUUAAACAUCUUCAGUCAUACCAUACAAUAGAUUGGAAAUAAAUCACCCUUAUUAAAGCAGCAUCUUUAUUUAAUAAGGGGUUCACAAACAAUCUCUUCCAUCUCGUCGCUAUUACUGUAACAUUACUGUACCUCUUAGCUCCCUUCACUCUUGCCAAUUGUGUGUAUUUCCAUAAAAA